UAUAUGUAAAGCGACCCUUUAAAGACAUGCUAGUCGCUUAAUUGCCUCACACAUCAUCUCACAGUCUCAUUCAGUCUCAUUCAUGACUCAUUCAGUUGGUGUACGAAACUACUAAUUUCAAAUUCAAUCUUCAUAUUCAUCUUCAUCUUCAUCUUCCAUUCUUUCAAGUUUCAAGACGCCAUGACUACUAACACUAGGUUUCUGGGUUUAUACAUCACCAUCUGUGUAUUAGCUUUCAUCAUCUCAAAGAUCACCAUAGCUGUCCUCUGCUAUCGCCGAUGGCAGAAAAAACAGUUCGUCAUCCAAGACACCUUUUCUGGUGGAAAGCUGGUACUGUUCAGAUCACCCAAGAUAAAAACCCUAAAAUCGAAUGUGUUCCUGAAGAAGACGAUGAAACUCACCAACAAGGAUCGAAUCGGAUCCGGAGGUUACGGAAUGGUUUACAAAUUAACAAUUAACGAUUCAACGUCUUUUGCUGUGAAAAAGCUACGAAAAGAAACAGCAGAACACGAUCGAGGAUUUGAGAGAGAAUUGGAAGCAAUGGGAGAUAUAAAGCAUCGUAAUAUCGUUACUCUUUAUGGUUAUUACAGCGCCCCCAAUUUCAAUCUCCUCAUCUACGAGUUAAUGCCUAAUGGAAGCUUGGACGUCGUUCUUCAUGGAAGAACAAUGGAGAAGAUGAUUGUUCUAGAUUGGGAUGCUAGAUACAAGAUUGCAUUAGGUGCUGCAAGGGGAAUAUCAUAUCUUCAUCAUGAUUGUAUCCCUCAUAUCAUUCAUAGAGACAUCAAAUCAAGCAAUAUUUUGUUGGAUGAAAACAUGGAAGCUAGGGUUUCUGAUUUUGGGUUAGCUACUUUGAUGGAUCAAGACAAGACCCACGUGUCCACUUUAGUAGCCGGUACUUUCGGUUACUUAGCCCCCGAGUAUUUUGAUACGGGAAGAGCGACAACGAAAGGGGAUGUAUAUAGUUUUGGUGUUGUUUUACUUGAGCUUUUAACCGGGAGAAAACCUACGGAUGAAUCAUUUAUCGAGGAGGGGACCCGCCUUGUGACGUGGGUUAAAACAGUUGUUGAAGACAAGAAAGAAGAAUAUGUUCUUGAUGAAAGAUUAGAGUGUUAUCAUGUGGAUGAAAUUAACCAUGUAUUUAAUAUAGCGUUAAUGUGUUUAGAAACCGAGCCUUCUAAAAGACCAAAUAUGUCUGAAGUUGUAAAGAUGCUAGAAAAGAUUAAAACCGAUCAAAUUACAUGUUCAUAAAUCAUAAA